AUGGUAAAGUGGCAGAGCGAGCAAGAACUAACGCGAGACAUGCUUGUCUACGACAAGAUGUGGCCUGUCUUCAUGGGCAUCUACAUUUGUACCUUUGGUACCAAUCAGGAUAUCGGAAGAUGUGACAUCAGGUAUCAUCUUCUCACCGUGUGGCUAGGUCGUGAUAGUCUCCGGCACAGGGUGCGCUUCCCUAAACCUCGCAAUACGCACACGAGUCUGGGACAGAGUAAGAAUCUGGAACAGCAAGCUCCCGGUUCUGGUAAUAGUUACGCUGCUAGUAUUGAGUCAGUGGGGCGUCCUUCUAUCAGGAAAGGAACAGGAGCGGUGAGAUUCUUUAUGACAGCGUUCAACCCCCGUCAGGGAUGCCUCGUCUCUGACCCGCAUGGCGCGCAGAUCAUUCUAGUAUAUGCCACAAGUCUGACGCGCGGCGGUUCAGAGCUACGCAUAUGGAGGCUGGGCGACUUGGGACGAAUUCUAUUCGCUCAGGGGAUGCUCUAUUUUGUCGUCACGUCGGUCGUGAAUGCUUUCUCCGUGGUAAGUUACCAUUAUCUGGGAGCUGAGUCCUUUCUGAGAUUGCUGCGCGAGGUAGCUCUAGUUGUAAGCCUCAUGCCGCUGCGUGACAUCCCUAUUCGCGAUGUACAUAAAAUCUCAGGACGGCCGCUCCGACGGGACGACCGCGGUCAGCGGCGGCUCUUCACAUGGGAUCAAGUUCUCCUCGGUGAUGGACCCUCCGCGGUAUGA